AUGCGCAGGGCUCGUCAUCUCAUGAGCUAUGAACUCGUUCUGCUGCUGCUUCUUGCUGGGUGGGACGUGUCUUCACCUACAUUCAGCAGCCCAGCUGGCAAAUCGCCCAGAUUCCAGCAGAGUGCCUUCAUGACGAGGGAAAACACCGAGCUUUAUGUGGGCGAACCGAUUGACAGGAAGUACAGCCACACAAUUUCGCAAAGUGAGAAAAUCUUGGUGUCUACGCUGAAUUCCGCUGGCAAAAAGGGCCAGCAGGGAUGGGCUAAAGUUCAGCACCUUUACAAGCGAUACACGGGUGUCGCCGUUCCGGUCUUUGGCGCGACAUUACAAGCUGCAUACCGUUGCAAGCAGUAUUCAGAAGCAGCAAAGAUGUACACAGAAAUCCGAGAUAUGGGCAAUGUGACGGUCGGUCCGGUCCUUGUGCUGUACGGCAUGAAGAUCUUCGGGAAGUUGCAAGACAGCAGCGCCGUCAAUGCAAUUUGGCAGGAGGUUCGUGCAAAUGGAUGGGAGAAUAAGUUUUUGACCGCGGCUCGGAUUGACGCAGCCAGCGAGAUGGGUGACAUGGAAGGAGCUGCGUCGAUUUUAGACUUUAUGGCAAAUGAGACUGUUCCGGCUUAUGACAUCCAUUUCAACUCUGCGAUCAAUGCAUGUAAAAACUCGAACCAUUCCAAACGCCACGUGGCAGCCAUGUUCGUGUUGGACGGAAUGCUAAGCAAAGGGUUGCAGCCAACCGUCGUCACCUUCGCCAACUUGGCCGGGGCUCACCGGCAGGCUCCACUGACGAUGCUUGAAGGCAUCCUGUCCAGGAUGAGAGACAGCGGCAUCACACCCAACAAGGUGUUUGCAGAAACAUUCGUGGGUGCCUUGUUUCGCGGUCGUCUGACGGCGGUCUCGACCGUGGAGGACGUCCACAUUCGGCUUAACGGGAUAAGCAAGGACAGGCUAAGGGUGGCCAAAUCAGUCCUGACAGAUGCACGGUCUCGAGGUGUCCGACUGACAAAGCUUAGCUCCCUGACUGAUCAGUACUUGCAACAGCUGACCAUCUGA